AUGGCCAAAAGAACAAAGAAAGUCGGAGUUGUCGGUAAAUACGGUACCAGAUAUGGUGCUUCUUUAAGAAAGCAAGUUAAAAAGAUGGAAAUCACCCAACACGGUACCUACACCUGUUCAUUCUGUGGUAAAGAUGCCGUCAGACGUUCAUCCGUUGGUAUCUGGAAAUGUAACGGUUGCCGUAAAGUUUUAGCUGGUGGUGCUUGGACUAUGUCAACUGCCGCUGGUGCCACUGUUAGAUCAACUAUCAGACGUCUCAGAGAGUUAAAUAACUAA